AGGGUUGAUUGUGAAAAGACUACGGGCCAUGUGUUUAACUAAUUUUCUUUGACCGAAUUUGUUUUGGCGCACAGAAAUUCCCGACUUGACAGUCUUCACUCCUCGCCCUCCUUCACUCAGCUUAACAGUCCGCCGUCGCCGACGGUCCGCCGCCACGGGCUCCAUUAACGCCGCCAUCAAUAUACUCCUGCAAUCUCUACCUGUUCUCUUCCUCUCUGGCUCUUGGUUUUCCACUUCGAAGUCGAAAGUAUGAGUUAGGGCCUCUCCGCCAGCCCUCCUUCUAUCGGUGCUUGGUAAUUUCUCGAAUCCACAUAUGAUUUGUGAAAUCUGCGAGCUUAUAAUUAGGUAUUUUUAUUGAGCCAUUCAAAUGAGCCGCUGAAAACGGCUUAAAAAUUGCCCUAACGAUUCGUUUUUGAACUCUUAACAGUAAGGCUGUUGGGUAAAUGUAUAGCUUCUUUUAGGAAUUCAGAUGCGGAACUUGUUAAUGCAUGAAUUCUACAAACAAAUUCCUCACUUUGGCCCAGAAAGUUCCCUUCUUUGUUGUUGAAGGAGCACAUUUAGUAUUAACGAUGGAUUAAAGUGAAAAAUAAUGUAUCUGAAUGUGAAAAUGUUCAUCUUUUAUUUUUUUAAUACAUAAGCUUUCUGUUACUUUAUGUUUUUGGGCAAGCUCUCAUUGAAAUUAUUUGUGAUGGCCAUUCCAGAUAAUUUUGUUUGAGGUCUGCUGCAAGUGAGAUCUUUCAAUCCACAAGCAAUGAACCCGGCUAGUAGUUCAAAUUCCCGUGGUGUAAACCAUUUCUAUCCAGUACAAAACCCUCAAGGCUUAAAUCACCCAGCUGCAAUGAACCAACUGAACAAUGUGAACAAUGGUCUGGGGAUGCCACAAAAUUUUCCUUUCCAUUCCAUGGGUCCUCAUUUUGUGAAUCAGAACCCUUAUUUGGGCUUCCCUAAUCAAAUAGAUGCCAACCAGCUUUUCCAGCUCCAAAUGUUUAACCUGAACAACCAAGUUUUGCCUGGAAAUCUUAAUAUUCCUCAAAAUGUCGCCUUUACUGCGGAUAAGCAGCCUCCGAAUAUUAUUAUCCCUCAAAAUGUUCCCUUUUGUGGAAAUAUUCAGCCUGUCAACCUCAGUCUUCCUCAAAGUGUUGGUUUCCAUAUGAAUCCUCUACCUGCAAAUUUUAAUAUUCCACAAAAUGCUUCCUUUGCGGGGAAUGGUCAGAUGGGGUUUGUUGAUCCCAGGGGAAUUGCACAUGCACAAAACAGGGGAAGUAUGAUUGCAUCCAAUGGGACCCCUGUUAAUGCCCAACAAAUGCUUGGAAGCUCCAGUUUAGGGCAGGGGAUUGGACCAGCUCCACCAUCGCAGAAUCAAACAAAUUUCCACGCGCAGCCUGCAAAGUUUCAGGGGAGUCAGAGAAAUGCAAUGGGAAAAAAUGCGAAGAAUAAUGGAAAACCUGCUCACAACAAGAACCAUAAAUCGAUUUCCAAGCAUGAUGCAUCAGGGAGUCGAACUAUGAAGCCACGGUUUCAGAAAAUGCACAACUCUAAAGGAAACUUCAGAUCUCCUAAUGUGCAGACAAGAAAAGGAAACGGCAAUGGCGGAGCAAGACAAAGUUCUGUGGUAAAUUCUGCAAUACCAGAUCAAGUUGAAGAAAAGAGAAUUGUGACAUUAAACUACACUGAUAAAGAAAUCGAACAGUGGCGUGAAGAACGGCGUAAACAUUAUCCAUCAAAAGCAAACAUAGAGAAGAAAUUAAUGGAGAAGAUGACAAAGCCGGAGGUCUUUGAUAAAGUUGCCCAAUUGCGGCGUCAGCAACUGAAGGAGGUUCUGGCAAAGCAGGCUGAAUUAGGAUGUGAAGUAGCUGAAAUACCAUCGUAUUAUCUAUCGAAUCCGGAUCAACCAGUGCAUGAAAAGAAAAGUGGUGGAAAGGCAUUUAGCAAGAAAGAAAAUUUCCAGAACCGGUUCAAGAAAAGAGGAAUAGUUGAUAAGAAACCCUCUUUCCCUAACAAGAAAGAUUUCUCAAACCAUCAUGCAUCUGAUGGAAAUGACUCGGAUGAUUCUGGUCCCAAAAUGAAGCGGCCGAAAAAUGACAAUGCUCAACAUCCAACGAGGAAAUCGGAGCCUACACUAUUGCAGAAGCUUCUAAGUGCAGACAUUAAGAGGGAUCAACACCAUCUUCUCCAAGCUUGUAGAUUCAUGGUUUUGAACUCUUUCUUCAAAGGUUGGCCCGAAAAAGAACUGAAAUUCCCUCAAGUCAUCAUUAAGGAGACUGAAAUACCAAAUGGUUUAGAUUUGGAGGAAUGUUCUAGUGAAAAAUAUAGUCCAGUUUUAGGGAAAAUAGAACAGCCUGUUGGCAACAACGAUGAUUAUGACAAUAACAGCAGCCUUGUUCAAGAAAUAGGAAGUGGAGAACCUCAAGACGAGGAAGGAGAAAUAAUUGACUAGUUUCUUCUGCUGAUAUGUAGUAUGUACCAAUAACUCUAAUUUUAUUUUAGUUUGUAUAAAUUGUUGGAUUACCUCUCAGACCUAUUCCAUUUUUGACCCGGAAUUUGAGAUGCAAUGACACUAAAAAACGUCCCGAAUAUUGUUAAAC